GUACAUUCAAGCAACUGGAGCGGCUGCUGAUGGUGGUAUCUCCAUGUCUGGGCCAUGGCGCGAUUGGGUCAUGGAACCACCUGGUUGGCAAUUUGAUUUGAAGGCGAGUGUCAGCGUUCAAAAGCUGAUCCAACUUCGAGAGGCAAUUCAUGGAAGCUCGCUAGAGAGCUGGGAAGAUGGCCUUUUAUGGCGUUUUUCUCGAGAAGGGCCCCACAGUUUAUUUGGUUUGUUCUUGCUUGCACCCGAAGGGGCUGGACUUGUGCGCUUGCAUGUAACGUACCUUAGAGGCCAAGAGAAAAUGGCGCCGAAGCAGGCUGAAGGGAUGCGAGCAUUGGCUGAGCUGGCUCACACAUACAACCUUUUCAUCGACCGACCGGUCUCCUGUUUAUGGCUAUUGGACAAUGCAAUUGCGUGCAAGUUUCGCUCUUUGGCUGCCAGUGCUGUUCAGCGCCGUGUCGCUGGCAAGGAUUGGAUUAGAAAUCCAAGAGUUAUUGCUUGCCACAAGGCGCUGGAACAUUUCCAGCUUGCAAACUAUUGCGAGCUUACCUGCAAGCUGUGUGGACUAGAAGGAUUUUGGGGAAGCCUGGAUAUGGCUGAGCACUUGGCAUCAAACGGUCAUGAGCUGCAACGUUGGUAUUUAACCCUUGCAGAAGGCAAGAAAGCUUCUCCACUGCCUGCUGAAGCGGCUUUGGCUCGUCAAUGGCUUGAGCUGGGCAUGCAGAAGUGGCCGAAGAAUGAUGGCACACUCUUUCAUGUGAACCACUUGGAUUUUCACGUUGAUGUCAAGGUUCCUGACCUUGCAGAAGCAUAUCAACCAGCCAAUGCGGCCCAGUCGGUGUUCGAGUGCUAA